AUGAAUAAGCAACAGCUACUGGCAGCCAUCGCCCGAUGUGGCGCUCUGUUUGCCGCUCCUUUUUUGCUGCUCGGGCUCUACAUUCAUUGGAAUGACAAGCGCCUGCACACAAUCCCUACAUCCGCGCUCUACUUCUCCCCGAAACGCGUGACGCCGGAGGAGGCAAGGGCGACUGCUAAGCGGGUGGCAGAAGAGGAGAAAAGUGGGACGGGUGUGAAUGAAGAGGUGCCCCCGAAGACGGGCAGGCGGUAUAUUGUUGUGGGAGGUGGAGGUUUCUUGGGAGCAUGGAUUGCAGCAAAGCUUCUUGAGCGUGGCGAAGACCCGCGUCGCAUUCGGCUGCUCGACCUUCACCCACCCACCAACCAUGUCGUAAAAGACGCGCUCGCCGCUGGCUUGCAGUUCAUCAAGGUGGACGUGACCGACCGUGCAACCCUCUCUGCCGCGUUCACUGCGCCGUGGCCGCGCCUCCCCCUCGAGGUGACACCACCACCACUAACGGUCUUCCACACCGCCGCCAACAUUCGCUUCUACGAGCGUCACCUCGCGUUCAUCGAUCGUUCAAGGCCUGUCAACGUGGGCGGCACAGAGAACGUUAUCGAAGCGGCGCGCGAGGCCGGUGCGGGCGUGCUCGUAUACACAUCUUCCGGCUCUGUAUGCGUCAAGCGCACACGUUUCUUGCUCUGGCCCUGGGAGACAGAGCCCCCGUACUUCGUGCAGGUCAUCAACGAUGAUGACACGCGUCUACCCAAGCGGCACGACGAGUUCUUUUCGAACUAUGCGGCAACCAAGAUUCAGGCUGAACGGCUCGUGCGCGACGCGGAUGGGCUGCCCACUGUAGAUGGAGUAAUGCGGACGGGGUGCAUCCGCCCAGGCAAUGGCAUUUUUGGCCCAAGAGGCGACAUGCUCUGCGGCGCGUACCUCGUGCGGCAGCACAACCCGACGUGGAUCGAGCCUGUUGUACAGUCAUUCGUGUACGUCGAGAACUGCGUCGUCGCGCAUCUGCUGUACGAGGCGCGUUUGCUUGAACCUGCGAACAGUCCAAACCCUGAUAUCGGGGGCCAGGCAUUCUGCGUUGCAGACCCAGGGCGAAUACCCACGUACGGGGAUGUAUACAAGACGCUCGAGACGCUAACGGAUGGCGAGACGCAGUUCCCUUCCUUCUCACCGACACUGAUGCUUCUCAUUUCUUUCUUGAUUGAAGGAUACUACCGCCUCCACUACUACUUCGCCUCUCAGUCCUGGAGUGCACCCCUCGUGCGCCACCUCCCAGAGAUCAAAGGCGACAUUAUCAACCUCCAGCCUGCGUUGUUCGCACUGACCAACGUGCAUCUCAUCUUCGACGACUCGCGUGCGCGGUUGCCACCCAGCAAGGGUGGGCUCGGGUAUAAGGGCAAAUGGACCACACUAGAGGGACUCGUGAAGACGGUCGAGGAACACAAGAGCGGUGUUGGGCGAUCGGAGACGAGGUCGGGGACGGCAGGUGUCAGCUUUGGGUUCAAGAGGAAGACGGAGAAGGUCGUGAAGGCAAAGGAGAACUUGGUGCCAGAGCCGAUAACAGUUGUGGCGCCUGUGGAGGUAUUGACGGCACAAUGA